GACGUCAAUACUCAUGCCUCACUUUAAGAAAAAAACUUUAACCAGGGCUAUAUCUUUUGAACCAAGGGGGAUAGGGUUUUGAUAUUUCACGUAUAGAUACCUCAUGAAGAUACAUUUCUUUUGGUAUCAAAACGUUUGACCUUGGACUUUUACCUAUUUUUUAAAAACUUUAACCUUGGCUAUAUGUUUUGAACUAAGGGGGAGAUAAGGCUUUGAUAUUUCACACAUAGAUGCCUAAGCAUCAGACCUUUCAUUUGGUACCUAGAGUUUGACCUAGUGAUCUUUACUAUGGGCUUUGACCAACUUCUUUAAAAAAAAAACAUAGAGAAGCCUCAUGGAGAGACCCUUCUUUUUGGUAUCAAGAGGUUUGACCUAGUGACCUUGACCUUUAACCUAUUUUUCAAAAACUUUUACUUGGGAUAUUUCUAUUGAACCAAGGGUGAUAGGGCUUUGAUAUUUUAAAUAUAGAUGCCUCAUUACAAGAUAUUUCUUUUGGUACCAGAACUGUUGACCUUGGACUUUGACCUACUUUUCAAAAACUUUAACCUUGGUUAUAUCUUUUGAACCAAGAGGGAUAUGGAUUUGAUAUUUCAUAUUCAGAUGCCUCACAAUCAGGCCUUUCAUAUAGUACAAAAAAUGACCUAGUUACCUUGGACUUUGACCUACUUUUUAAAAACUCUAACCUUUUGAACUAAAGGGGACAGGUUAAAUAAAGUCAUACUUCCCAGCAAGCUAUGUUGUCUUCUGAAAACUCUUUGUUUUGUUUUAUUACAUGUAUUUUGUUAGCAUUUUGUAAAUCACUAAACACAUUAUUUGUAUUGAUAUUUAGAUUGCAUUGUUUUCUGUGAGUUUGAAAUUUUUUAGUGGUGGAAUUACAUGACAAAAUAAAUCUUCUUUUUUUUAUAUAUAUAUACAUGUACAUGUAUUUGAAAAUUGAAUUAUGUUUUUUCUUUUGAUAUUUUCACAAUGAAUGUAUACUGCAAAUGUGUAUAUUGAUUUUUAUUAUUAUAUGUACAUUCAUACAAUCAUCAUGAGCUCUUCAUUUUCUUUCUGUUGUCGUAUAUUAUUUAGUAAGGCUUUUGGAUAUUUUGUUGCCCCCCCCCCCCCCCCCCUUCUAAGUAAAAUGUUGAUUUUUAGUACAAAGAAAAGUGACCCAUAGAAAAUUUGUUGAAGGGUGAUCAUAAUCUACAUUGGAUAUUUUGGACAUUACAAUUUUCACUUUAUUUGCAUGUUAAGAAAAACGUAAUGAAAUAGAUUGAGAGAUAUUAGAUGUAAAAAUGUCAUUAGUCAGGGAAAAUGUUUUAUUUUUCAUUUCUUUGCAUGUCUAGUUUCAAUUUCUGAUAAUACCAGUAUGAUAUUGACUGCAAUCACCAUCUUAGAAUGUUUACUUCAACAAUCACCACAUUUUACUUUUAGCUCCUCAAAUAAUCCGCAGUUAACUUAACUCUGUUAUAAGUUAAGAAUAAAGUUAAUUUCUAAUUCUUACAGAAUUAAAUAUAGUAUGUGUAUUCUCUCCAAAUUCAUGCAUUUUGUACAAUUUUCUUUUGAAUGUGCAGUUAAUUUUUUAUUAUUAGUAAAAUUACUUGAAGUGGAAAAGACAUUAUACAUCUAAUGAGUGUCUUCAAAGUGCCUUAGAUUUAGUUGACAAUAUUGAUAUUUAGAAUUAAUAUAUUUAUUGAUUUUAAUUCCUAUGGUAGAAUAGGAAAUAAAAUUCAGUGUUGAUUCUGUUUAUGCUGAAGAAUGCAAUUGGUACAAAUUAUCUUUGUGUUAAUUUGAUACAAAUUCUCUCUGUGUUAAUUUGAUACAAAUUCUCUCUGUGUUAACUUGGUGCAUAUUGCUUCUAGAACUGUUCAGAUACUGAGGUUGUUGUAUAAAGAUCUAUAUACUGAGGAAUGACCUUUAUGUACUAUUUGUUUAUACUAUUUGUUUUACUAUUCAGAUCUGUUAUUGUUUUAAGUUACCAUGCAUUUAUAGUAUUUUGAUCACAUUUUUUACAGUUGUCUGUGUUCAUGUAACGUACAUAUGUCUCCAAUGGCCAACACAUUGUUGGCUAUUUAUCUGAAAUUUAAUAUUUACAUUCAAUAUUAUGAAAUUGUGUAAAGAUUGUUAUAAAAGGUAUCUUUUUCUUUUUCUAAAUAAAAGAAUGGAAUGGAGUAAAUUGAUAGAACUUGCUCCUAAUCCUUGUAUAUAUGCAGUGGUGGAUCUAAAAGUAGUAGAAGGGAGGGUAUGGGGUUAAAUAUUUGGUAAACUAUUUUAUUUAUAUAACAGAAAAUGUCAUUUUUAGCUAUUUAGGUGUCCCCCUCUACUUUUAGGUCAGACAAGGGACAUUUGCCCCCUCCCCUCUUCUCCACUUUAAGGGCAGAAAAUGUACGCACCCCCUUGAAAAUUUUCUUGACCCGACCCGUAUAAAAGCAACAUCAUUCAUCGGCUGCAUUUAAUGUAGGUUGUAGGUUUCUACUGUUUGCAAUAUUAUAGUGCUGUUAUAUUUUUAGGUCACCUGAAUUCAUUCAGGUGACCUAUUGCUAUCUGUUUUUGUCCGUCGUCGUGCGUUAACAUUUGAACAUUUUCAGCUUCUUCUCUGAAAUCCCUGAACCAAUUUCAACCAAUUUUGGCAUAUAGCAUCUGUGGGUGAAGGGGAACAAAAAUUGUGAAAUUCGUGGUCCCUGCCCCCCUGGGGCCUGAGGGGUGGGGCAAAAACCAUCAAAAUGAGUGUAAUUUUAAAAAAUCUUCUUCUUUACUCCUGGACAUCAAGAAGCCAAACUGUGGGCAUAAUUAUAAUGAGCAUUGAGCCCUCUACCAAAAUUGUGAAAUUCAUGGCCCCUGGGGCAGGGGUUCUUGUGUUAGGGUGGGGCUCUAUUGGUCAUAUAGUGAAAAUGUAGAAAUUCUUUGAAAAUCUUCUCUGUCUCUGGGUAUUAAGUAGACAAACUAAUAGCAUGGUAAUGAUGAGCAAGGAUGCCUCUUUAUACCCCCCACAACUUGGGGGGGGUAUACUGGAAUCGAGUUGUCCGUCCGUCCGUCCGUCCGUCUGUAGACGCAAUGGUUUCCGGGCUCUAAAGCAUUAUCCUUUCCACCUACCGUCACCAUAUCAUAUAUAUGGACUACCCAUGGGAUGAAGAUGUUCCCUAUCGAUUUUGAGGUCAAAGGUCAAGCACACUGGACAUCGAAGUAGCAAUAUGGUUUCCGGGCUCUAAAGUGUUAUCCUUUCCACCUACAGUCACCAUAUCAUACAUAUGGACUACCCAUAGGAUGAAGAUGUUCCCUAUCGAUUUUAGGGUCAAAAGGUCAAAGGUCAAGUGCACUGGACAUUGAAGUAGCAAUAUGGUUUCCGGGCUCUAAAGCGUUAUCCUUUCCACCUACAGUCACCAUAUCAUAUAUAUGGACUACUAAUGGGAUGAAGAUGAUCCCUAUCGAUUUUGGGGUCAAAAGGUCAAAGGUCACGCGCACUGGACAUUGAAGUAGCAAUAUGGUUUCCGGGCUCUAAAGCGUUAUCCUUUCCACCUACAGUCACCAUAUCAUACAUAUGGACUACCCAUGGGAUGAAGAUGUUCCCUAUCGACUUUGGGGUCAAAGGUCAUGCGCACUGGACAUUGAAGUAGCAACACUCAGAAAAGAGGUAGUUUAUACCUAUUACCAACACCCUUUGGGAGAUUGGGGUAAGCAGGGGGGGGGGGGGGGGGUAUUCUUAGUGAGCAUUGCUCACAGUACCUCUUGUUAAAAAUUGUGAAAUUCAUGGCCCCUGGAUCAGGGGUUCUGGUGCUAGGGUGGGGCUCUAUAAGUCAUAUAGUGAAAAUGCAUUAUUUCUUUGAAAAUCUUCUUCUCUGUCCUUGGGUAUUAAGUAGACAAACCAAUAGCAUGAUUAUGAUGAGCAAGGAUGCCUCUUUCAAAAUUGUGAAAUUUAUGGCCCCUGGGUCAGGGGUUCUGGUAUUGGGGUGGGGCCCUAUUGAUCAUAUAGUGAAAAUGCAUUUUAUUUCUUUGAAAAUCUUCUCCUCUGCUGCUGGGUAUUAAGUAGACAAACUAAUAGUAUGAUAAUGAUGAUCAAGGAUGCUUCUUUUAAAACUGAAAUUUAUGGCCCCUGGGUCAGGGGUUCUGGUGCAAAGGCGGGGCUGACCACAUAGCUAUUCAGUGUUUCUUCCAUCCAAAAGUAAAAUUCUUAUAUUUAAACACAAACCUAAUUCAAACAUUGGAAGGUUGUUACAUGAUACUCAGGUGACCUAUAAGGCCCCUGGGCCUCUUGUUGUGAAUUACCACCAGAACUGACAUUUUAAAACUAUCACAUUUGCAUAGUGGUACUAUGUCAAAUAAUAUGAAGAAUGUUUCAAUAAAGAAAUAUUUAGAUAUUUUGGUUAUAUUUUUUAUUGUUAGAUUCAGGAAAUUUGCUCAAAAAAGUGCUGUACUUAUAGUAAGAUUAAAAUGAAUACUGUGGUUUUUGGUUUUUUUUUCGCUUUGUAAUAAAGGAAGUCUGAAAUAUGCUGAAAAGGAUUCCAUCAGCCUAUGUCACAGUCAUGGAAUGCUUUUAUUUGUAGCGCUAAUUCAGAGUGAACAAGGAACAUGAAGAUUAGCACAGAUAACAAAAACAUUGUGUACAUGUGAUAUAUAUAAACAAAUAUAUAAACAGCGUCCCCAUGCAAUUUGCGUCACCUCAGCUGGCAUGUGUACUUUAAAUUUAGCCUGUCAAGUUUCAUGGUUAUUUUAAACAUGUAUUAAAACUUGCAAGGUGCAAGAACCACUCCAUUACAUGCUGCAUUAAGGAGAAUUUUUAUGAAGACGGAUGUUUUGGGGUUUUGUUUUUGUACAUAGCGAUACAGAUUGUGAUAGUAGGCUGUCUUUUACUUGAUGUAUCGUCAUUUUUCAGGGCCGUGACUACUACAGAACAAAACAGUCUAGACUAAAUUUAUACUCUCAAGCAUUUUAUCUUGGUUCAUCUGAAACAAAUCAUCUCAAAUAUAACAACAAAAAAGGCAUGAAAGGAAAUUUGAUAAACGCACGGUGUUUUUUCUUCCAUUUUAUAUCACUUUUUUAAAAUAUUUUGAAAAUAGUAAAUUGUAGAAGGGUGCAUUAGAUUCCGAGUUACUCUUUGAAACAAUCUCCAUGUACCUUGUGAACUACAAAGUUAAUCCAGAUUAACCCGGCGUAACACUGAGUUAAUUAACUCCCAAGUAUCCACACCCGGAGAGACCGGACAGGCGUCAAGUAGCACCUAUCACUAUUAUUCAAAACUAUAUACCUCAAAAUAAAACUCUGUUUUGAAAUUGUCAAUUUUCAACCGAGGAUAUUGUCCAAUUUGUGCACACAAUCUCUCUCUUCCUCUCUUACCUUUUUCUCUCUCCGGGGUUGUUUAUGUUUCAUUAAUCGGAAAACAAACGAAACAGUCUAUCUUUAUUCAUCACUUUCACAAUCAAGAUCAACCCACGAUAAAAUAUAAGAUUGCGAUAUUCAUGCUCAUUCCAAUAUUAUAUGAAUGGGUCAUUUUAUACGCCUCUCGUUCAAUCAGUGCAGGCCUGUUUUGUCCUCAUAUAUAUCCCACUUAUUUGUAUAACCUGCUUUAUGUAAAUGAAAUACAAUAUCUAAAACUGCGGAAAAUUAAUCAUGUGUAAUUCUUAUCAAGUGAACCAGAAACUUGCCAUCCAUGUCAGGAAGCUAGAAAACAAAGGAAAAAAAACAUUCUAUUUCAAGAGAAUGUUUGUUUUUCUUCGUUUGAGUCACUGAUGCAUCUCAGACAAGCACGCGCAUAUCGCGAGCAAGACGCUGUAUCAUUCGAGUGCGCAUACAUUAAGUAUUGGCGAUAACACGUAAGCUGGGAGUUUUACAAAAGCAAUGUGUUGAAGAGUGUGUGUGUAUAACAACUUUAUCAACUCAUUUCGUGGAUCUUUGAAAGGUGAAGGUAAAACUAGAGGUUUUCGGCUCAUAAAUCUUUUAACCUUCUGGUUAGUGAUAAUGACUUCCAUGAGGGAGGGCAUACCCGAGUCCAAAGGAGGACGGUUCAAUAAAAAGAAGAAACAGCAAAGGAUAAAGCGAUACAGGUCUGAUGGUUUUGUUGUGGGACUAGAGCUAGCCAACUCAGAAGAUGAACUGGACGCACCGGAAGGGUCAUCAGACGCCGUCCACUUCUUGGCCUGGCUUCGGAACCCCACCCUUCAGAAUUUGGUUAAGCUCAGAAAGAGCAUCAAACACAAUGACAGCGACUGGAUGACAGAGUUCCUGGAGUUUGACGGACUGGGACUGCUGUUUCAGUGUUUGAAGAAUCUCAGCUCUAGGGAGAGUCUGCAUUUGUCCGAAAUGGUCCUGAGGCUGGAAUGUAUCAUGUGCAUCAGGGAAGUGGCCAACUCUCAGACGGGUCUGGACUGUCUGCUGAAAACCAAGGGGCGCAAGGACAACAUAUUUGGAAGGAGGUUUGCCUCUGCAUUGGAAAAUAAGAACCUGAUGGUGAAGACUCAGAUCUUUGAAUUGUUGUCAGCUCUGUGUGUCUACUCCACGGAGGGCUUCUAUCUGACUCUAGAUGCCUUGGAAACCUAUCGAACAUGGCGGAAAUUACCUUACCGGUUCAGCAUCCUGAUCAAUGAACUACGGACAGCAAAUCUGGUGACGUACCGCACAACCAUCAUGGCUCUGAUCAAUGCAGUAGUGGUUGCUAACGAGAGCCUGCAGGAACGAGUCCGAAUAAGGAACGACUUUGUAUACAUCGGUAUUCUGGACACAAUUAUUACAUUACGAGAGGAUGACGACGCAGACUUAAAUCUUCAAUGUGACGUAUUUGAGGAGGAGCUGAGCGCGGACAUGGAGGCCAUGGAGGAGUUGAAACAAGCAGCAAAUGUCGAUAUUGGUGACCCGCAUGCACUCUUCAAAGCAAUACAUUCACGGGUAAAAAACUCACCGUUGUGUUCAUCAUUUCUCAGUGUUUUAUACAAUAUAUUCCAAAUAGACUCUAGUCAGUCUCGCAGUGAGCAGGUUUGGAGUACUAUAGAGAAAUUCGUACAACAAGUCACACAUACAGACACUAACAAAGGAGCGAACAAGCCUGCUGUUGGAAGAACUCCUUCUCUUAAUUUAAUAUCUACAGUACAAGUAGAAAGUAAGGAACAUAGGGGGACCCAGACAGAAUGGGACACAACAACUGCUCCAAACUUCUCUCGUGGAGGUCUUUUACGAGGCAAGAGUUUAUCGACAGAAGCAAAACAUACAAUAUCUGAAAAGUUAAAGCAAGCAACAGCAGAAUACAGAACGGCAGAAAUUUCUUCUUCAAAUUCGUUAGAGUCUGGUGCCAUUGUAACAGCACCACCUCCCCCGCCGCCGCCGCCGCCACCUCCAGCGCCCGGGGCACCUAUUCCUCCACCGGGUGUGGGUGUUCCACCACUGCCACCUCCUCCACCUCCUGGAAUUGGUGUCCCACCACCACCCCCUCCCCCUCCUGGUCCUGGUGGUGUCCCUCCACCACCUCCAGCACCACCGGGCAUCGGAGGAGUUCCUCUUCCACCACCACCACCACCCGGAGGUGUUCCUUUACCGCCUGGUGCACCUCCAGCACUUGGUGGCGUUCCAAGAGCUGUAGAACCACUUCCACCUCCGAUAUGUACACCAGAUCCACACUGUAAACUCAAACACAUUACGUGGAAUAAAAUACCAAAUGCUUCAUUCAACAAAGAGAGUGUUUGGGGUGAUGUUCUGAAAAUGAAUGACAAAAUAAAAGUGGAUUACGAUGAGUUGGAAAGAUUGUUCGCUGACAAAGAAAGAGCUCCUAUGAGGACAGAGCUACAGCUGGAUCAGAAAAAGUCACUUAUGAAGCGACUGUCUUCAAACGAAGUAUCGCUCUUAGAUCCAAAGAAAAGUAUGAACGUCAACAUAUUUCUGAAACAGUUCAGAAAACCGAUAGAGGUUAUCAUUGAAUUGCUAAGGUCUGGAGAUCCGCGAGCUUUCGGUGUGGAAAAGCUGAAGGGACUGUCCAAAGUGCUGCCACAGAUAGAUGAGAUUGAAUUAAUUCAACACUAUGAUGGGAGUAUUGAAAAGCUUGGAGAGGCUGAGAAAUUUUACUUCCACUUGAUACAACUUUCAAACUUUAAUUUUCGAAUUGAAGCCAUGCUUCUGAAGGGUGACUUUAAUGCACAGCUAGGUUCCGUCAGACCUAACUUUCAAGUUCUCCACACCGCAUGUCGUCGUCUUUUUGACAAUCAUUCACUGAAAAAUUUUCUUCGAUAUGUUUUACAUACUGGGAACUUCUUGAACAAGGGAAGUGGUUCAGGGAAUGCACUGGGUGUCCGCAUAAGUUCUCUCGAGAAGCUUAUGAACACCAAGUCGAGCACCUCCAAAAGAACUCUUCUGCAUUACUUGGUGGAGACGGCGGAACAAAAGGACCCGGAUGCGCUUGGUUUUGUGGACACUCUACUAGAACCUUUACAGAAGACCUCAAGGUUUACCAUGGAGGGCAUUACAGCAGAAUUCAAUCAGUUGAGGAAAUUAGUGAAUAGACUUAAACGUCAGAGUGAACAUGUAGAGGAUGACGUGAAAGCACAGUUUGCAGAUUUCCUGGAGGAAGCUGAUGGAGACCUGGAGGAGACCCAGGAUGUGAUUGACAGAAUCCGUAAGCAGUCCAGUCGUCUGGCACAACACUACUGCGAAAAUGAGAAAACCUUCAACCUGGACGAAUUCCUGGCCACAUUCAGACAACUGUGCGAAAAAAUGAAAGCAUGUCAACAGGAGCUGGAAUCCCAACGCCAACAAGAAGAGACAGCGGAGAAGCGACGUAAGGCACAAGAGGACAUGAUCGAAAGGCGAAAAAGUUCUCAUAAUCCCUCGGCUAAAGCAGAAGACAGGAAGAUCGUGGACAAUAUUGUGGACGAGAUUCGUCGCGGUAAAGUGUUACGGAGACUGUCCCUGAGGAAAAAGACCCCAACCAGUAUCACGGGAGGAGUGGGCCGCUUGUGAGGGGGGGGGGGGGGGUAGCGGGGAAAAGCAAGGCGUAAUCAUCCAUUCACGGACCAGAGAGAGAGAGAGAGAGAGAGUGUGUGUUUGUACAUUUGUAUGUGUGUUUGUACAUUUGUAUGUGUGUUUGCCAAGAUGAAUGUCAAUGCUUGUUUUUUGUAAUUUAUUUCAACAGUUAAAAUUAUCCAAAUUGCUUAUACUGCAGUAUUGUUUUUAAAAUAAAAAACAGAAUUAAAAAAUCAAUUAUUUAUUUAAUUUCACAGCUGUAAAUGAUUGUACUAUAACAAUACCAUUCACGUAUUGUACAAUGGUGAGGCUGUGAUGAUGGGUAAAUCUUUCGGUUUGGUACAAAGUCGACUGAAAUGUAAGAAAAUUGAUUUCUCGUUUCAAUUCGUUCAAAUUAACUAUAGUAUACCAUGUCAAGCUUUCCCUCUCUGUUCCAGUGAAUGACUGGUCCUGUCUGGCUGCAAACAAAUGCGGAGAUAAUUCCAGUUUCUUUGGUUCCCUUUGACGAUACGAAACGACAAACCUGGCAUAUUUUUUGAAUUUCGUAAAUCUUGCCUUUUGACAUUUUAGGGUACAUUGCUCGACAUGAAAUUGUUCAAAUUUUGUACAUUUUUACGAAAAGUUCAUUAAUAGUAUUCGGUUAAAAAAAUGAUUUUUCAUUUCCAAUAAAGUUGUGCAAAAUAGAAA